UCCCAGCAUUCCGCGCGGCCGGGUCCUUCCGGUCUGACCGCCAUUGGAGAGAAGCGGAAAUGGCAAUCAGGUAUCCUAUGGCCGUUGGCCUUCAUAAAGGUCAUCCUGUCACCAAGAAUGUAACAAAGCCAAGACACAGCCGCAGGAGGGGGCAACUGACCAAGCACAGCAAGUUUGUGCGAGAUCUGAUCCGUGAGGUGUGUGGAUUCGCCCCAUAUGAACGCCGUGCAAUGGAAUUGUUGAAAGUUUCCAAAGAUAAGCGCGCUCUGAAGUUCAUCAAGAAGAGGGUUGGUACUCACAUUCGUGCCAAGAGAAAGCGAGAAGAACUCAGCAACAUCCUGGCUGCAAUGAGAAAAGCAGCUGCAAAGAAGGAUUAAAUUGUAUAAAAUUACAAAUAAAAGUUUUUCAGAAUUA